CUGCUGUUCAAACCUCUGGGAGGGAAAAGGCUCAGUCCUGCUCUGUGCUGCUUCUCCUCUUCGUUUGCAGCCCGAUCCAGACCCAGAUCACCUCUGAAAUCUGGGGGAAAGUAUCCUAUCCAGCAUUUCAGUUGUAGAUUUUUUUUGUUUUGUUUUUGUUUUMGGGGUUUCUGUACAACCCAAGCUGCGGCAGAGUGCCACUGUUGCUCAGAGAGAUGUCCUGCACUCAGAGGAAGAUGUCUUCACCUCCUCGGAGUGGCCUGUAAUCAAUGGCAGCCUCAGUCCAGACUCUACCUUUGACUCGUGGGCCCAACCAGAACUUCCGCUGCCCUUUCCCAGCCUCCCCCUUCUCUCCACACCGCGACAUGGGCAGCGUAGGUAGCCUGGUGGAGAGGCCCGAUGUGUCUCCGACUAAAAGCAACCACGCGGUGCCCCAGGUGAGACCCAAACAAACCAACGGGCUCCUGAAGAAAGGCCUGACCCAGAGAGAGCUCCUGAACUACCUCAACAUCACCAGGAAGUUGCCAAAACAAGAGCCGAGUGGCGACGGCAAGAGAGAUGUCAUUGUCGGCCGAGGGGACGACGACGUUUACGCCAAGAUCUACGAUAAAAACGGCACUGAAGUAGACCUGACCAAAAACUCACUGCCGAGCGGGGGCAAGCAUGAAAAGAUCCGUUUCAGGUCUUCCGCCUUCAAGCCCGUCACCCCCAAGAACUUCAGCUCCAUGCAAAACCUCUACCCCUCUUCCAAGCUGGAGGACAUGGAUCACGGCCUUUCCAACGGACUGCACAGAGCGUACGGCCACGUCCCUAAAACACUCUCCACCUCCUCCUCGUCUUCCUCUCCCUCACGACACGGAGGACRGACACUGGGGGUGAAUCAGGCCCUCCCCUCAGCGCGAGUGAUGAGCCAGGAGGAUGAUAACCUGUCGGACUCGGGCCACAACUCGAUGAGCAGCCUGCCGCCGUACCGCCCUCCCUUCCGCCCACACCUGGCUCACAUCAGUGCAUCGAUGGGCCACAUCAACACCAUCGGCUCCCUGGACCGAAAGUCUCAGGGCCCGAAGGCCGUGGGGUCGGGGGGCGUGGCCAUAGGGGAGAUGGCGUGUCGAAGCAUGGCCACCCUGAGCCGCCUGACUCCGUACGGGGAGGCUCCACCUCCUUACGAAUGGACGCCGUCUCUGUCUGUGGAGGACGUGGUGCGGGAUCUGGAGGAGCGCCUGGUGGAGAAGGAGCAUGAACUGAACCAGAUGAAAAGGAACCUGGACGAAAGCGAGGGCGCCAUCGCUCAGGUGUUCGAAGGCAAACAGCGUCUGUGGGAGAAGGAGGUGGAGGAGCUGAAGGGCCUGUACGCUGCCAAGCUGCGCCAGGUCUCCCAGCAUGCUCAGCGCUUGCAGCGCAGCUUCCAGCUGCAGCUGCUGAAGGCCGAGCAGGAGAAGAYCCGACUGCAGGAGGAGCUCGACAACCUGAAGAGGGAAACGAGCCGAGAGGCUGCCGUCAUGCCGAAGCCAACCAGCCCGACCCUGGAGGAGACGCAGUGGGAGGUUUGCCAGAAAUCAGGGGAGAUCUCCCUGCUGAAGCAGCAGCUCAGAGACUCCCAGGCAGAGGUGACCCAGAAGCUGAGUGACAUCUUCAAGCUGAAGACGCAGCURAGGGAAACUCGAGCCGAGCUGCGCAACAGAGAGUCUCAGCUCGAUGCUCUGCAGCUCGUCCUGCAGGGGACACGCUGUGAAAGGUUCUCCUCUCCCGGUCCUUGGGAGAACGGCAAAGGAGCUGAAGAGAAUCCAUCAGCAGGGGGAGUAACAGGAGGCUCCACAGAGGAGCGUCUGCGCGCCGAGCUGCUCCUGGAGCGGCGUCAGAGCGAAGCCCAGGCCUCGGCGUUCGAGGAGGAGCGGCACACGUGGCAGACAGAGAAGGACAAGGUCCUCCGCUACCAGAAGGAGCUGCAGACCAGCUACUUGGAGAUGUACCGCCGCAACGACGAGCUGGAGCGGGAGCUGCACGAGCUGAGGGCAUGCAGAGACCGAGGGGAGGGAGGGGGAGGAGGARGGAGCAGAGAGGGGACGCUGGAAAGGGAAGCACCGGUGCUGGAGUCCGGGGCGGGGGGUGAAAARGUGGAGGACACGCCUUCGUCGGGUCUGCCGUGGAUAGAGAAGAUUGAGUCGUCAGAAAUUUGAAUAGACUGACUUGUUUGCAAUGCAAAACAUUUCCCACUAACUGGARGAGCAUCUGUGGAAGGACAUGUCAGCCAGGAAAACAAACAAACAAAGCCCAAUCACUCUGAAAUGGUAAAGUGGUGAAAAUAUGGAAAACUUAAAAAGUUUGACUUACUUUACCCAAUUCUUUUUUAAAAAAUAAAAGUGGUUUAUUUGCUUAUUUUUAUGCUCAUUUAAAGCAAAUAAGAGAAAAAGACAAAACACAUCAAGCAGCAAAAAGUAUUCAAGCAUUAAAUAUUCAAAUGUUCUGCYUUUAGUUUUUGUUUUCCUGGUAGAAAAUGGCUUCCAUAGUUUCCUUUCUGCUCUGUUUUUUUUCUGCUUGUGCACAUCAGUGUGUGAAGCUUCCCUGGAAAGACCAACAACAUCCUCCGGUACCACCGUCCCGCUCAGAGGCUGGGUCCACCCUGAGCAGAAAAACUUCUGCUCAGUUUUGUAAAAUAACAGCCAAGCACCGACACUGCCCUGCUGUAGAGAUCUACACAUAAACAAACUGAUGACUGGAAA